UGAGCAUACAAUUUCAUUGUGUUCCAGAUUUUAUUGCAUGCGUUUUCUUAAAUUAUAUAUUCAAAAUUUCUACAGUUUGUUUAUUUUAAAUCCGAAAUUGAAUCCAUUUUAUAAUGGCUAAAAAUAUUUCAUUUGUUUCGGAAUCGAUUCUCGAUGAGCAACGUAAACAUCGCCAAGAAGAAUGGUUGAAAAAUCGUAAAGAAUCUGAUCCGAUUGAGGCUCCUGAACCUGAAUAUGAUCCAAGAACAUUAUAUGAACGUUUACAAGAACAAAAACAAAAGAAACAAGAAGAAUUUGAAGAAUCAAAAAAAAUGAAAAAUCUUGUACGAGUAUUAGAUAAUGAUGAAAUUGAGUUUUUAGCUAUUUGUAAUAAUAGUAAAGCUGAAUUAGAAAAUCAAAAAUAUCGUGAAGAAUUACUUGCACUGGAAGAAUAUAAACGUGGUGUAGCACAUUUGAACAAUGAAGAACAAGAACAUAAACUAUCCGAAUUUAAACGUGAAUUAUUUCAAAAUCAUAAGAAACGUUUAGUAACGAAUCAAUCCAUUUCGAAUAGUAAACGAAAAAGUCAAGCCGAUUUAUUAAUGGGUGCUAUCAAACGGAAGCCAAAAGAUGGAUUGAAAACUGAACCAGAUUCGUUAAUAAUAUCCGAUACAAACUUCACCAAAGAUGAUGGUGAUUUAAAAAUCAAAUUUGAUGCAUCAAAACCAACCAUUCAAUGUAUUGGAAUAUUACCUGGAAUUGGUUGUUAUGAUGAUGAAAGCGAUAGCCUUGAAAGUGAUCGUGAAUCCAACGAAUCGGAUUGUGGAGAUUUCAAUGCGUUUGGUCAUAAAUUGGCCGAAUUAACAAAAGCAGCAGCAUCGGAAGGGCAGAAUAAUAAAAAAUAAUAGAAUUUCAAUUCUAAAAUUCAUUUAUCAUUGAUUUUUUUUCAUCAAAUUUUAUAUUUCUAUCGAUCGAUCAAUUAAUCAAUCAUACAAUGUGU